AUGGCUUCUCUUACUCUCCCUAAUCACUAUCUUCCCACCUUGCUUCGCUCUCACUCUCCCAACUACCCAUGUUCCCAAAACCUCCCACUUCCUUCCACGCCAUCAAAUUCUCAAUUUUUCGGUCUCAAGUUGUCUCAUUCUCCCUCCUCCUCAAUCCCCUCUUCUUCUACACUCAGAGGCUCCAUUUUCGCCAAGGUGAGUAAAGGUUCAAAGCCUCCGAAUUUCACACUGAAAGAUCAGAAUGGGAAGAAUGUAAGCCUCUCCAGCUUCAAGGGAAAGCCUCUAGUGGUGUAUUUCUACCCUGCUGAUGAGACCCCUGGCUGUACCAAACAGGCUUGUGCUUUCAGGGAUUCGUAUGAGAAGUUCAAGAAAGCAGGAGCGGUGGUUGUUGGGAUAAGUGGUGAUGAUGCUUCCUCUCACAAGGCAUUUGCCAGCAAAUACAAACUUCCAUUCACAUUGUUGAGUGAUGAGGGUAACAAGGUGAGGAAAGAAUGGGGAGUGCCAGGUGAUUUCUUUGGAUCGUUGCCUGGAAGAGAGACUUAUGUAAUUGACAAAAAUGGGGUGGUUCAGCUUGUCUACAACAAUCAAUUCCAACCAGAAAAGCAUAUUGAUGAGACCCUGAAAAUACUUCAGAGCCUUUGA